GAUCCUGAUUGUGGAGUGAGGGAUUUGCUCGCUGCCCAAGAAAUGGGAGGGGAAGACAAGCCCAGGGAUUUCACGAGAUCGCUAGUGGCAGCGCUGGGAUUUGGGAAUGGAGGAAAUGGAGGAGGAGGAGGGAGUUGCGGAGUUCUACUCUUGCUGGCGACGAUCGUUGUCACCAACAUUCUCGCGCUCUACAGCCUCUCGAUCUCGCGCGACGUCCAGCGGAGCUUGCAGCACGCCGCGGGGGACGAAUCGAUUCUCCGGGAGCUGGCGACGCUCAGGGAUGAAAUUCGCAGGCAUGGCGCGCAAAACCCUCGCGACGAACACGAAGAACACGAAGAACACGAAGAACACAAAGGGGGUAAUCUAGAUUUCGCGAUGAGCAAGGAGCUUGUGGAGUUCACGGCAGAAAGGAAGCUCCCGCUGGGCAGGAAUCCAAACUAUGGCCUGGAGACGAUGACCUCUCCAAUUGGGCACCGGUGCUACGCGCAGAGGGAGCUCCUCGAUCGAUUCAUGGGCUACACGCCAGGGGAGAUCUGCCCAGACGACUGGUGGAUCGGCCAAUCCCUCAUGCUCCGCGGCUGCGAGCCUCUUCCUCGCCGGCGAUGCUUCGCCAGGACCCCAGCAGCGAUCUUCCCGCCACACUCCCUCCCGGGAUCGCUGUGGGAGAUCCCCAGCGACAAAUCAGUGCUGUGGAGCCACUACUCGUGCAAGAGCUUCGAGUGCCUCAAGAACAGGGCCAAGAACAAGACCGUCUUCUACGAUUGCGCCGAUUGCUUCGAUCUCUCCGGCCCGGAGCGAUCGCGAUGGGUGAGCUCCAAGGAGCUGGACGAGAUCUUUUCGCUGGCCAAGGGUGGCAUUCGAAUUGGGCUGGAUCUGGGCGGAGGGACUGGGAGCUUUGCGGCGAGAAUGCUGGAGCGGGGAGUGACGAUCAUCACCACCACGCUCAAUCUCAACGGGCCCUUCAGCGAAUUCAUCGCCGCGCGUGGGCUAGUCCCGAUCUUCGCCACGAUCUCGCAGCGCCUGCCCUUCUUCGACAACACCCUAGAUCUCGUCCACACCAUGCAUGUUCUUAGCAACUGGAUCCCGCUGGAAUCGCUGGAAUUCGUGCUCUACGACAUCGAUCGCGUCCUGCGACCGGGUGGAUUCUUCUGGCUGGAUCACUUCUUUUGCACCGAGGAUCAACUGGACACCCUCUAUGUGCCGCUGAUCGAGAGGCUGGGGUUCCGGAGGAUCAAGUGGGCGGUCGGAAAGAAGCUCGAUCGGGCCAAUCGCGAGGUCUAUCUCUCGGCGAUUUUAGAGAAGCCCGUGAGAGAAAGUUUUUAGGGUUCUUCCAAGAUUAGGGUUUCUUAGGGCUUUUCGACGAUGAGGGCGCUUGGGUGAAAUCAGCGCGAUCGAUUGGGGAGCUAGAGAGAGCGAGAGGAUUAUGGGGCAGACGUUCCGGAAGCUGUUCGAUAGCUUGUUUGGGAACAAGGAGAUGAGGGUAAUGGCUGUGGCUUUUGAUUGCGCGCU